AUGGCCACAGAUGUCAGAGCAGAGUUCUGUCUCCCCCAUCCCCACCCCGAAGGAGGAGGUCCAGCUGUAGGGUCUCUUUCUGUCCUCGGGUUUUCUGAGGUGAAGGGAAGGGGACUUGGAAGUCAUCUCCUCCUUCCUGCAGGGAAGCGACAACCCUUAGUUUGGCAAGUUGUCUACCUAUGGGGCGGGGAGAAUAGGAGGUCCUACUGGUGCAGGAGGUCACAAGGCACCCUUUGGAGCUGCGGUUAUGGGAGAAGGGUGCUAGGAACUGCACUCAGGUCCUCUGGAAGACUGAGCCAUCUCUCUAGGUUCCACAGAAUGUUGCUAUUUCCUUGGGCCAGAGUGCUCUGUCUCUGCACUCUAGCUCCAGUAUCUGAAGACAAAUAUUACCUCACAGAGCUGUGCCCAGGGUCCCAGCCCACAGGAAUGGUGCCGCCCACAUUCAGAGCGGGGCUUUCUAGAAUCCAGAGACUCCUUGACAGCUAUCGCCAGAGUGAGGUCUUGGAAAGGAUGUCAACCAGUGUGAACCUGCUUCCUUAUCUGCUAAUGGGGGCCGAGUGCAAGUGCCUAAGCAUCCGGGCCUUUUCUCUGUUAGGUAUCCAUAUAAUUUGGCUUGGCAUCUUGCUAUGUACUAAUGUGAUCCAGUCAGCACAUCUGGAGGAAAAGGAGGCUGACUCAGUGAUAUCAAAAGCUCUGGCUCAGUUCCUAGCUGGCCUGGAGUGACCUUGGGUUGUCUGGCCCUCCUCCCUCCUCUUGGCCAGGGAGCAUCCAUCCUUCCAGAUCCAACUGGUGGUGCAGACCUCCAGGAUAUCUUCCUCUGUCAGCUGCCCAAGUUGGCCAGACAGCUUACCCUGUGACUGGGGUCACACGUCACCCAGGGGAACGCUUAUUUUUUCUGAUGGACUCAGCCAUGGAAGGGGAAGGGCCUAAAAUAAAUGCAGAGACUUAGAGGAGACCAGAGUGCAACAGGGCCAGCACAGACUUCAAGAGUAAUUUAUAGAUGCUCCUUAGGCUGAAGCAAUUCGCUCGAGCAGUUAGGGCCCGGCCAGGCCCUCGGGCUCUGCAGGCCUUUCUGUACUCUGCAGUUGCUUGGACAAAGAAAGAGCUGUUCUGAGGACAGCCUCUUUUAUUUACUUAUUCUCUCCAUGUGUGCAUGUACACAAACCUAUGUGUGCUGUAGCAUCCCUGUGAGGGUCAGAGGACAACUUGUAGUUUUUAUCUGCUGAGCCAUCUUGCCAGUGCAGCCUCCUGGUGUUUUCUUUUGUUUGUUUUGUUUGCUUUCUUUCUUUCUUUCUCCCCCCACUUUGUGUGUGUGUGUGUGUGUGUGUGUGUGUGUGUGUGUGUGUGUGUGUGUUGUUUUGUAGCUCUGGCUGGCAUGGAAACUACCCACCUGUCUUUGCAUCCCAAGCUGAGGGUAGGAAUGUGUGCCACCAUGCCCAGCCUCUGUUUUGUUAUUUUAACUGAGACAAAAUUGACAUACAAUAAAAUGUACAUAUCCAAAAAAA